AUGAACAACCGAAAACUUCUCCAAGAACUAAAUUCCAACAACCAAAACUCAACAUGUUAUGAUUGUGGUCCAACAUGUCCAUACAAAUGUAGCUACCCUGAAUACUACUGGCCGCCACAACCGCCGCCAUUACCACCACAAACCACCCAUAUAUCACCUUAUGUUAUCAUCAUUGUAGCCUUGCUUGGAAGUGCUUUUCUUUUUAUAAGCUACUACCUUAUUAUGGUAAGAUGUUGUACACGUUUUCGACGAUCCACACAAUUCUCAAGUGAAUUAGAAGAGUUUUCGGAUCAAGAUCACACGGGUGAAGUUGAUAAUCCUAUUUGGUACAUCACUACCAUUGGGCUUCAACCUUCGGUGAUUAACACAAUUAGCGUGAUCAAGUUUAAAAAAGACGAUAGUUUGAUAGAUGGAACGGAUUGUUCAGUUUGUUUAAGUGAGUUUCAAGAUGAUGACAUGUUGAGAUUGUUGCCAAAAUGUAACCAUGCAUUUCAUAUACCGUGUAUUGAUACGUGGUUAAGAUCACAUACAAACUGCCCUCUUUGUCGUGCUGGUGUGUUGUCUAAUAGUUUGAGUGCGGUUUUGAGUCCUGAUGAUAGGAGUUUUUCUCGAAGGACUGGAUCAAAUCGACUUACUACUUACCAAAUCGAGAAUGAUAGUGAUUUGGAUAGGAAUCAUGUGCAAGAAUCUAGUGAAGUUUUUGAAGAUAUAGAUGAUUCAAAGAGUGAAUAUGAGUCGGUAACGGCGGGAGGAAGAUCAUUUUCCAUGGAUUAUUCAACAGCAGUUGAUGCUGAGAUUGUUGUUGGGGAAGUUGAAGGAUUUAUUGGCGAUUCGCCACGUGUAACAGUUGCCCAAUGGUUGAUAAAGUUAGUCAUCGUGAAUCCAUCCGCGACUUUGUGUGAUAUGGACACAGCCACUGCGACCCCACCACACGAAAAAUGGGUCAGUUGGGCCUCUAGCAUAUUUGGACUGGAUUUAUUAAAAGCACAACGAAGCCCAUUAGGAAUAAGUUUGUUAAUUAUUGUUUCAUCUACGUUUCUUUUGAGAAUGAAUUCAUUGAGUGAUAUGUCAAUAGAAGCUUCUAAGAAUUCAAUUCCUUCAUCAUUGCAAUUGAUGUAA